CCAGUGUCAAUCGAGCCCAUUGGAACCCACUAAGCCACCCUGAACCAUGUCAAGGACCUCUGGAGGAGACAAACUACUUAAUGAACUUGGCUACAAGUUGGGCCAGACCCUAGGUGAGGGCAGUUACUCCAAGGUGAGGGUGGCCACCUCAACCAAGUACAAGGGCCCGCUAGCCAUCAAGGUGGUUGACCGGCGUCGGGCACCCCCAGACUUUGUACACAAGUUUCUGCCCCGGGAGCUCUCCAUCCUGCGAGUGAUUCGGCAUCCCAAUAUCGUGCGAGUUUUUGAGUUCAUCGAAGUCUGCAAUGGGAAACUGUACAUCGUGAUGGAAGCAGCAUCCACUGACCUACUCCAGCUGGUGCAGAGGCUGGGGAAACUACCCUGUGCUCCUGAAGCCCGGGACAUCUUUGGACAAAUUGUGAGUGCUGUGCGCUACCUACAUGACCGCAAUCUGGUGCAUCGGGAUCUCAAGUGCGAGAAUGUGCUGCUUACCUCUGAUGGCCGCCGGGCAAAGCUCACUGACUUUGGCUUUGGCAAGGAGGCGCAUGGCUACCCUGACCUGAGUAGCACUUACUGUGGAUCAGCUGCCUAUGCCUCGCCUGAGGUGCUCCUGGGCAUCCCCUAUGAUGCCAAGAAGUAUGAUGUGUGGAGCCUGGGUGUGGUUCUGUAUGUGAUGGUAACUGGCUGCAUGCCCUUUGAUGACACCCACAUUCAUAGCAUGCCCCGGCGCCAAAAAAAGGGGGUCCUGUACCCAGAUGGUCUGCCCCCCCUGCCUGAAGCCUGCAAAGCUCUCAUUGCCCAGCUGCUCCAGUUCAGUCCAGCCUCCCGGCCUGGGUUGGGCCAGGUGGCCAAGAACAACUGGCUGAAAGGGGAUAUCUAA